AUGGUUGACGACAACAGCAGCAACGAAAGAGUAGAAACUUCUGAGGGAGGGCAACUUCCAAGUGACCUCGUCCUUAGACUUGAGCGCAAAAUUUUAGGUUUGGAAGAAGAAGUAGCGCACAUGCGCGAUUUGGCCAAGUUGUCUAUUUCUCUCGGAACCCAGUUUGGCGAAAAUAUAGACAAUCCUCCUCACUCCAACCAAACAACCAUGCCAAACAAUCCUCCAACCAAUGUAUCCCGACCUGAACCCACUCAUCCAAAUAUUUUCCCACCACUUCAUACCCAAAAUACCCAAGUCCCAUUUUACCACUACCACCAACAAACUAAGCCAACUAUUCCAGAACCAAUUCCAAAUGCAAAUCCUUCAUAUACUCCUGGAAAUAACAACCUGAACCCCAUAUAUGUGGAAACCGCUCCUGUGACUCAUAACUACCAUGAAUCAGAGUCCUCCCAAAAGGAUAUUCUGAUAAAAACCCUGACCGAGAGAUUAGAUAACUUGACUAACAGGAUGCAACAUGUGGAGGGAAGCAAGAGGUUGGGAGGACUGAGCUACGAGGAUUUGUGUAUGCAUCCCGACAUAGAUCUACCUGAAGGAUACAAGCUUCCAAAGUUUGAACUGUUUAAUGGCAUUGGAGAUCCCAAAGCCCACUUGCGAAUGUACUGUGACAAGCUUGUGGGGGUUGGGAGAGACGAGAGGGUACUUAUGAAGUUGUUUAUGAGGAGUCUCACCGGAGAGGCACUAUCUUGGUAUAUUGAACAAGACCCGCGGAAAUGGGAUGAGUGGGUAGACAUGGCAACAGACUUCAUGAACCGGUUUGGAUUUAAUGUAGAAAAUGCACCUGAUUGGUUCUACAUCCAAAACCUGAAGAAAAAGCCCAGUGAAUCUUUCAGAGAUUAUGCGAUAAGAUGGAGGUCUGAGGCGGCCAGGGCCAGACCUCCCAUGGAAGAAUCUCAGAUGAAAGACUACUUCAUCCGUGCUCAAGAACCACAAUAUUAUGAUAGGAUGAUGCUUGUAGCUGAGAAAAGUUUUGCUGAAAUUAUCAAGCUAGGUGAAAGGAUCGAAGAGGGCAUAAAAAAUGGGACUAUCAUCAAUCUGGAGGCCUUGCAAGCCACCAACAAAGCUCUGCAAUCCGGAGGAAUGACAGAAAAUCGAAAGAAAACAGGCUCAGUCAUGAUGGCUCAGGGGAGCAGAACCCCUUAUAAAUACCAAUCAAUAACCCCACCUCCAUCCCCAUAUACCCAAACUCCAUAUCCUUCAGCUCCACCACAUAUAUCUCCCAACCCCAUGCCAGCAUAUUACCAAAAUGCCCCUCCUCAAUAUCAGCAAGCUUCAUACCCCGUCUAUAAUGCCCAGCCAGCAUAUUUCCAAACCCCACCACCUACUCAAACACCAAACUACCGAAACAGACCACCGUAUGAAAGAAGACCUGCGAAGAACUAUACCCCUCUAGCCGAGCCCAUAGCCCAGCUUUAUGAGAGACUGAAAGAGGCUGGCUAUGUCACCCCAGUUCCUGCAUUGCCUGUGGAUGUCCGACGCAAAAUGGAUGACCCUAACAAGGUUUGUGCCUACCAUUCUGGGAUGAAAGGUCACACUACCGAAGUCUGCAGAGCCUUGAAAGAUAAGGUUCAAAUGUUGAUAGAUACUAAGGCCAUCCAACUCAAAGAUCCGACGCCAAAUGUUGCAAAUAACCCUCUACCUAACCAUCAGGUCAACAUGGUAGAAGUCGAGGAUACCUCGGAUUGGGAGAAAUCUAUUUGGGUACUUGAGCCAGAAGAAGCAAUGACUGCUACCGCCCGGACUCCAAUGGUAGUGCAAAGACGUGCUCCGUUUGAGGUUGAGGUUGCCCCGCCCAAGCCCCCAUUCAGCGUCCUCAGAGCUCAUCCUUCUCCCCAAUUUGAUACACAUGCUGUCCCAUGGGAUUAUGGAAAAGGAAAGACGAAAGUGGAAGAAACAGACACUGCAGUAGGAGUGACUAGAUCUGGAAGAAUUUACACUUCCGAAAGUUUGGUUCAAGGUAGCUCCAGCAAGUCCAAGGCACCAAUUGUAGAACUUGAAAAUCAAGGAAUUUGGAAGAAGGUGCAAGCAAAAGAGUACUCUAUUGUUGAGCAAUUGAGUAAAACCCAGUCUCAAAUAUCCAUCCUAUCAUUGCUACAAUCUUCUGAAACUCAUCGAAAUGCUCUAUUGAAGGUCCUGGGUGAAGCCUAUGUCCCAUCUAGCAUCACUCAAGGAGAGGUAGCCCAAAUGGUCGGGCAGGUUUUUGAGGCAUACCGAAUAUCUUUCCACGAAGACGAGUUGCCAAUUGAAGGAACAACCCACAACAAGGCUUUGUACAUUUCAACUCAAUAUCAGGACAAAGUCAUCACCAAAGCUUUGGUCGAUUCUGGUUCUGGUUUGAAUAUUUGCCCUCUGAGCACGUUGACAAGGUUAGGUGUGGAUAGUGCAAAGAUCCAAACUUGGAAGAUGAAUGUGAGAGCAUUUGAUGGCUCUCAGAGGGGAACUAUUGGGGAAAUAACCUUAGACAUGCUCAUUGGUCCUGCUACUUUCCCAAUAGCUUUCCAGGUUUUGGAUAUUCCAUCAUCAUACAACCUAUUGCUGGGUCGUCCUUGGAUUCAUAUGGCUGGAGCGGUUCCUUCUACUCUUCAUCAAUGUUUGAAGUUUGAAUGGGACCAUGAAGAAGUUAUAGUUCAUGGGGAAAAGGGUCAUCCCGUAUAUGCUAUAGAAGGAAGGGGUCGUCUAGACGGUGAGAUGUAUCAUACAGUUGAGCUUGUUGGCAACAUUGAAAUGCAACCGUGGUUCAGUCAGAAGAUCAUAGAUAUGAUGGCCUGGUUUGGUUUCGAGCUUGGGAAAGGUUUGGGAGCCAAUUUGCAAGGAAUAGUUGAACCUAUACAACCUGUUCGUCAUUCAACUACUUUUGGCCUGGGAUAUAAAUAUACUACUGAUGAGUGGCUUGAUUGGCAACCACCUAGAGAUGGGUACUACUAUCCAUUGAAGAAACCGAUACCAUCGCUGCACCAAUCAUUCCGAUCAACAGGUUUCAUGAGAGGUAUCAUUGAUAAGCUUCUGGAAGACAUGAAGGUUUUAUCUCUGACCAGGAAGAGAAAGGGUUGCAAUGUCGUGAUCAACGAGGAGGAGAAAGGGGACCCUAGAGGAAGCAAUGAAGCAGGGAUCAACAUCAGCAUUUGGACCUCAACUCCAUCCAGACCUCGCCGGGCAUCUGGGUAG